UCUUUUUUUUUUUCCUUUUUCCCACCCCCCGGCGGGUGCUCCGUUUGGACCGUACAGGACAAACGAGCUGCGCUUGGAUGAGCCGUCUCACUGCAACGGCGAGAUGGAGUUGCUGCUGAUCUGCCUCUCCUUGUGGAUAUUGCACAGCAAUUCGGCCAAAGCGGACUCGAUCAUACAUAUCGGUGCCAUAUUCGAGGAAAAUGCUGUGAGAGAUGAUGAAAUAUUCCAACUUGCAAUCUCAGACCUCAGUCUGAACGAUGACAUUCUACAGAGCGAGAAAAUCACCCAUUCCGUGAAACUUAUCGAGCCCAACAACCCCUUUCAGGCUGUGCAGGAAGCAUGUGAGUUGAUGAACCAGGGGAUCCUCGCUCUGGUUACAUCCACCGGCUGUGCCGCCGCAAGUGCCCUGCAGUCUCUGACAGAUGCGAUGCACAUCCCCCACCUCUUCAUCCAAAGAAAAGGGGAUGGUGCACCCCGCACUGCCUGCCGGCUCAACCCCAGCCCAGACGGGGAAAGCUACACGUUGGCUGCCCGUCCACCUGUUCGAAUCAACGAUGUCCUGCUUACCCUUGUCUCAGAGCUGCACUGGCAGAAGUUCAUCAUCUUUUAUGAGAGCGACUACGAUAUCCGGGGUUUGCAAACGUUUAUGGACCAGGCUUCGCGGCUCGGUCUGGACGUUUCCUUGCAGAGGGUGGACCGAAACAUCAGCAGAGUAUUCACCGACCUUUUCAAUACAAUGCGAACUGAGGAGCUCAACCGUUACCGGGACACCUUACGGCGGGCUGUGUUGCUCAUGAGUCCUCGAGGUGCACAGGUCUUCAUCCAUCAGGCUGUGGAAACCAACCUGGCAUCCAAAGACAGUCACUGGGUCUACGCCAAUGAGGAGGUCAGCGAUCCAGACAUGAUGGAGCUGGUUUACAGCUCUCUGGGACGGAUGACCAUCAUUCGUCAGAUUUUCCCGUUGUGGAGAGACACCAACGUUCGCUGUGUGAGGAACAACCACCGUAUCUCCUCCUUGCUUUGCGACCCACAGGAAGGCUACCUGCAGUCCCUGGAGGUGUCCAAUCUCUACUUGUAUGACAGCGUUUUGAUGCUGGCCAACGCCUUCUAUAGGAAACUGGAAGACAGGAAGUGGCACAGCAUGGCCAGCCUGAACUGCAUGAGGAAAUCCACCAAGCCUUGGAAUGGAGGAUGGUCCAUGUUGGACACUAUUCAAAAAGGACGGAUCAGUGGCCUGACAGGAUUAAUGGACUUCCGCGCUGAAGGUUCCAAUUCUCACGUACAGUUUGAGAUAAUGGGGACCAUCUACAGUGAGACGUUUGGAAAAGAUGUAAAAAGGCUGGCAUCUUGGGACUCCACUCGUGGUUUGAAUGGUAGCCUGAAGGAGAAUCGGAUAGAGAGCAGUAUGCAGGGAGUGACACUGAAGAUUGUCACAUUACUGGAAGAACCUUUUGUGAUGGUGGCAGAAAACAUUCUGGGUCAACCCAAAAGAUAUAAGGGUUUCUCAUUGGACGUCCUGGAUGCCCUCACAAAGAUUCUGGGCUUCAAGUAUGACAUUUAUCAAGUCAGCGAUGGGAAGUAUGGCUCAGCACUCCCAAACGGAUCCUGGAAUGGUAUGAUCGGUGAACUUAUUGCCAAGCGAGCUGAUUUGGCCAUCUCAGCUAUUACCAUCACACCGGAGCGCGAGAGCGUGGUGGACUUCAGCAAGCGCUACCUGGACUACUCUGUGGGAAUCUUGAUGCGCAAAUCGGAGGAAAAGAUCAACAUUUUCUCUCUGCUGGCACCUUUCGACCUGGCCGUUUGGGCAUGCAUUGCUGCGGCCAUCCCUGUGGUGGGCAUCAUGAUCUUCCUCCUGAGGCGCAUCCAGGCGGUGCGCUGCCACAGCAACACAGGAGGUCCUCCGCAGCCCUCAGCCUCCACUUCUCUUCAGAACGCUAUCUGGAUCGUGUAUGGUGCUUUUGUGCAACAAGGCAGUGACUCCACCCUUGGAUCGGUAGCUCUGCGUAUCGUCAUGGGCAGCUGGUGGCUCUUCACCCUCAUCGUGUGUUCGUCCUACACGGCUAACCUGGCCGCCUACCUCACCGUGUCACGAAUGGACAAUGCAGUUCGGUCAUUUCAGGACCUUUCCAAACAGGCAGACGUGGCGUAUGGGACAGUGAGGGAUUCAGCUGUAUACGAGUAUUUCCACACCAAAGGCACUAACCCUCUGGAGCAGGACAGCACCUUCGCUGAACUCUGGAAGGUCAUCAACAAAAACAAUGGUUUUGAGAACUCUGUGUCCAGCCCAUCAGAGGGCAUCAGAAAAGCAAAGCGAGAGUCAUAUGCCUUUCUGUGGGACAUGGCCGUGGUGGAGUACGCUGCUCUGACAGAUGAUGAAUGCACGCUGACUAUCGCAGGAAACGGCAUGAACACCAGAGGCUACGGCAUAGCCCUGCAGCACGGCAGCCCGUACAGAGACCUUUUCUCCCAGAAGAUUUUGGAGCUUCAGGAAAAAGGUGAUCUUGACAUCCUAAAGCAAAAAUGGUGGCCGAAGAAAGGCCGCUGUGACCUGCAGAGCCACACAGAUGCUCAGCCAGAGGGACGGGCACUGCGCCUGCACAGUUUUGCUGGGGUGUUCUGCAUCCUCGCUGCUGGGCUGCUGCUGGCCCUCCUAGUAGCCGCGCUGGAGACGUGGUGGAACAGCAACCACUGCCGAAGAGAGCAGCCCAAAGAGGACAAGGAAGUGAAUCUGGAACAGGUCCACCAGCGUUUGAACAGCCUCAUGGACGAGGACUUGGCUCACAAGCAGCUGCCAGGACAGUCUAUCGAGAUCUCUGCCCUGGACAUUGGCAGGAUGCAGCCCAGCCAGUCCCUGGAGGCUCUGUCUGUUCGGGACUACCCAACACACCGGGGUCCACCACCACUCUCUGUGACCACCUUCCUCCAGGAAAGUCACGGGAUAGGAAGGACACUAGGUUCAGCCACUGGCAGGACCUUGCCCCUGCCCCUCAGCAGUGCCACCAUGCCCUCUAUCCGGUGCAAACACAGGGCACCCAACGGGGGGCUCUUCAGGCAGAGCCCAGUCAAGACACCGAUGCCAAUGUCCUACCAACCAGUGCCAGGAGGACCCAUCCCAGAAGCCAAUGAGCCCAGCCAUGGGACAUCCAUCUGAACACGCCAAACAUUCACAGACACUCAAGCUCAAACUACGGAGUGGAGGGCGAAACUGAGUGCCAACAAUAUAAGGAUAUAUAAAUAAAACACUGAAAAAAUUUUGUAUUACUCGUGAUGAAAGGUCAGUGAGAUAACAAGACACUGACUCUUUAAUGUACAUAUUUGUAAUUACAAAAAGAGAGGCAACAUUAAAAAGUGUAUUUUGAAUAUUCUCAAAAGUUGAGUUUAAAAAAUAGAAAAGUAAUUAAAAAAAAUGAUGAUUGUUCAAAUGGCUUUGUAAAUUUUGUUCUAAAUGAAUAAAGGUGACAAUUCUUUGUGGUUGUUUUCUAAGUGCCAAGUUCAAAGAUGUUCUUUCUUUCAGAUUCUUUCAGCUCAGCAUUAACUGAAUGUACUGUGAGAAUUCAUAGAGAGAUAUUUCACACAUCAAAACACAU